AUGGGAGCCGGCAACAGUCCAGCCAUUGCCUGCCGAAUCGGUCUCGCCUUUGUCCGACUUGUGAAGGAGAAAUUUGGCGUUUUCCAAGGUGAAGCCAGAGCUAACUGCUACUGGACGGGUCUACAAGCCAACGGAUUCGAUCCCAAGCUUGGCUAUGGAUUCAUCUUGACCUCCAACGAUGGAGGAGCUGUGCACAUCUGGGUCUGGGUGGACGACUUCCUCAUCCAUGGGCCCACGCACGAAAAGACAGCCCGAGGGCUGCAAUUCUUCUUGGACACGGCAGUUGACUGUGGAUUCCUCUUUCACCCAAAGAAAUUGGUACCGCCUCAGCAAGUUGUCAAGUACUGUGGUUUCCUCUUUGACACCACAGCUGUCCCUUGCCUUCGAAUCCCAGAAGCCAAGAAAGAAAGGGCACUGGCCAUAUGUGAUUACUUGAUCCAAUCUCCAAAGCACAAGAGGUGGUCCCGUCUUGGUCUUGCGGUUGCAGUCGGCGUUUUGGAGUCUCUUACAGAAGCAACUCCCCGGCGAUUGGGACAUACGCAUCUCAAAGAGUUCCACACCAUUGUCCACCCACCAGGACUUGGCAACGGAGCGGCACCCUACUACACUACCACCUUCCUCAACUCGGAGGUGCUCGACGAACUCCAUUGGUGGCGACAGUUCCUCACUCGGAGUGAAGGACGCUUUGUCAGAGGAUGGGAAGCUGCAACACUGGUUCCAACCUUUGGAGACGGAAGUGGAACUGGCACCGGGGGCACCAUACAACUCCCAAAUUGUGACUUUGAGAUGUGGCGAGGAAAAUGGAAACCAUCCAUCUACAUCUUCCCUUCUGUAUGGAAAGAGUUAGCGACCCUGAAAGAGACCCUGCUUCGAAUCAAAGAAAGCCCCCAUGCCCACCAGGUGAUUGGGACUACCGUUUUCUACUUCACUGACAACUCGGGAGUUUACUGGAUUGCCACCACAGGCUCUUCCCGAACACGCUCCCUCCACAAAUUGAUUAGCGAGAUCAGACUUCUUGAACUGGACCUACAAUGUGUCCUCCAAGUUGUCCAUGUACCAGGCCGAGUGUUGAUCACCCAAGGGACUGAUGGCCUCAGUCGCGGCGUUUGGAUGUCGGCACUUCAAAACAUCAUGGAUUCUGAUAGACUGACUCAGGCUAUCUUUGAUCCAGUCCCCUUUGACAUGACUUUGGUGUGGACCCACCUUCCACAAUCGGCCCCUUUGACGCAGUACAGAUCCUGGAACCAACCCUGGACAGCAUCCCUCUGCCUCCACCAAACCACAGUAUGGUGCCCACCGCCGGAGCUGGCCCGCCAGCUCCUCACCUUCUUGCUCAACUCGUGGGUUGAAUGCCCCUUCACCACCUCCGCGCUGCUCUUUGUCCCCAGAGUUGUUGAAGCUUCCUGGCGACACAUGUCUCGUUACGUCCGCGAACUUGACACCAUCUACCCGCACAAGACCAACCUACGCCUCCUGCCGAUACCAAUUGUUGUUCUGUACAUUGCGCCUCACACUCUCUCCUUCAAUCCCAACUCUAGGUUGGACAAGACUCCCACUGCCGCCCCCUCUUGGCAUGCCGCCCAAGCCACACUUACGCGCGGGUUGCCAGAGAGGGUUCAGCCGCAAGGAGAUUGA